AUGAGCCAGAAGAAGACGCUUGGAACGGUUACAGAAUGUACAGAGAUUUGUGAUGAUUCGAUAUCUUUGCUGGGCGAUGCCAACCUUUCAGUUUUAAAUAGUUCAGGACUUUUAACAGAUGUGAGCUUAUUUCUUAUGAAAGAUCAGACACUAAAACUUUACACUGUUUUGUUGGUAGAGAAAGAAUGUGGUGAGGUAACGAAAAAUGAUGAGAAGGAAAAGGGAAAAUGGAUUAACGCGAAGCCGUCCAUAUUGAAUUUUGCGUCAUUAUUUCAUGCUCGAUCGCAUCGAAAAUACAAAAGAAGUAGUAGUGUAAUAGAUAUAGCAUCAUCAAAGGGUGUCGAUGAAAUGAUUCAAAUAAAUAACGAUCGCACAUUAUCUAAUGCAAAUGCUGGCUCGGUACCACAGUUAGAUUCCCGAAUUCUUCAAGAUAGCUGCUCAUCAAGUGUCGGUGAACAAUCACAAUUUACAAAUAGUGAAGAUAAACAAAGCUUUGGUGUUAAUGGUAGCGAAGCAGACUUUGAGCAGACAUUACAAAAUAUUAAUGAAGAAUCUUCACGUUUUGGUGCAGUGGCCACAUCUGAUACUAGUUCACAACAAACAAUACCACAAUAUUCACCAGUGAAUACUUCUGCUCCGAGUCGAAAAUAUUGGGAAUGUCCAUUAUGCUUCAUUCGACAACCGUUAGCAAAUUUUCCUCGUCUUUCUUGCUGCAAUCAUCGAUCGUGUAAAAGUUGUCUUGUGCAGUACUUGCAAGUGGAAAUAAUGGAAAGUAGAGUGCAGUUAACAUGUCCCGAAUGCAAUGAGCUGCUUCAUCCAACUGAUAUUUAUUCCUUAAUGGUACAAUGCCCUGAUUUAAUUAGAAAAUACGAAACAUUUGCAUUGAGGCGUGUUUUAAUGAUGGAUCCAGAUACUCGAUGGUGUCCAGCACCUGAUUGCACGUACGCGGUUAUCGCAACAGCAUGUGCUGCUUGUCCCGAACUACGUUGUGAACGACCCGGUUGUGGUGCACUUUUUUGUUAUCACUGCAAAGGACCAUGGCAUGCCAGUCAAACCUGUGAUGAAGCUCGUAAAGAACGUGGAGAAAUAUAUCGACGAACGGUGCCACAACUUUCGGCUGCACAAGAAAGCACCCUCAAACGUGGUGAUAUCAAAGCGUGUCCUCGAUGUCGUACAUACAUUGUCAAAAUGAAUGAUGGUUCAUGCAAUCAUAUGGUUUGUGCGAUGUGCAGCGCUCAAUUCUGCUGGCUUUGUUUACGAGAAAUCAAUGACCUGCAUUACUUAAGUCCCACAGGGUGCACUUUUUGGGGAAAAAAACCUUGGACUAGAAAGAAGAAAUUACUGUGUCAAAUUGGAACUCUGAUUGGUGCACCUGUUGGUAUUGCAUUGAUUGCAGGUUUGGCAAUACCAGGCAUAAUUUUUGGAGUACCCGUAUUUGUUGGAAGAAAAGUGAACCAGCGUUUUGCUCAUCUAACUAAAAUUCGUAAACGUUGUUUAACGGCUGGAAGUGUAAUUGGAUCACUAUUCGUUAGCCCAGUUUUGGCUGUAAUGGCUGUUGGUGUAGGAGUCCCCAUUAUGCUAGCUUAUGUUUAUGGCGUCGUACCGCUGUCUUUGUGCAGAAAUGGUGGAUGUGGUGUUGGCAGUGAUUCGUCAAAACCGGACCAAGAUAAUUUUGAUGAUGACGAAAUUUGGCACGAAGUGAAUAUGCGCAACCAUGAGAAAUCCCCAUUGUUAAACGACAUGGAGCGGCAGGACGGUACAUCCGUCAUAACCAGAAUAUCUGUAAAUAGUGGCUUAUCAGGUGUGCAACAGAUGCCUAACCGCUUACAGGUGCAGGCCGAGUUAUGUCGCCGUAGACCAAGCAUAGAAUCAGGAAUCAACAGCUUAGGAGAGAAAUGCAACUAUGAGGAGGCGAGCACCAAAGCUAUGGCUGGUUCGCAGUAUAAUGAUGACAAGAGUUUGCAAACAGUAUGUUCUGGUCAAGAAGUGGUGAGUUAUUGCGAAGAAGUGGCAAGCAUUGUUGCUUUGUCAGGUUCGGUUGUUGAUGCGAAGUCACUCACUGAUAGUGCCAGUGGGCGUAUUUUUGUAACACAGAUGCACUGCCGUGAAAGAGAUCUGAGUCCAUCAUCACAAAACGCCAUUGUUUGUAUCGAUCCUUCAAAAUCAGGUGAUGAACGCUCUUGCGGAAGUCAACAGCAUGCUCGGCAAGAAAUAAAUACUCACACUCGAGAAGAUUCUUUGUCGUGUGGUGGUGCUUGCAAACGUCGUGGUCUCGCAACGAGCAUCGUUUCUGCUGCGAAUGGCGGCGCCACAUCACUUCGGGUUGCGCAAACAUAUUCCAAUAUAAAAUGUGGCUUCAUUACUGAGGAUGCUUCAGGUGACGAUCCCGAUGACUUGGUAUUAAUGACGGACAAAGCAAUCCGUCAACCUAGCGAUACAAGCAAAGACUUAAAACAGUCAUCUUCAAGUUCGAUUAAAGUUCAUCAGGUUAUGCGUUCUCCUCAUUCAAGUGACUCUGCUGAUUCUAAAGCUGAUCGAUUUCAUAUCCGUGCAAUUUUUGAUACCAUGAAGAGAAUUGUUUCGGAUGAUGUUGCUUCUGAAUCUGAAAAAGAAACGGAAGUUCAGCAAAUCAGUAAUUUUAAUUUCCGUUCGGUUUUACGCCGCCCAGUGCACAAGAAUGUAAUUUUAAACAAUACCGAUACACAUAGUCAUAUUGGUGCAUGUUCGAGUAGCAGUGAUCAGCGUGCACUGUCCUCCAAUUCAGAGCAUUCCAUUGCGACAAACUACACUAAAACAGAUUGCAACACCGAUGAAAAGAAUGAUGCAGAGAAUAAACGACGUUUCUUUUCAAAUUUUUUUGUCAAACAUUGA